AUGUCGCUUCCGCAAUUGAGGACUUGUUGGAGCAGACAACUAAGAUUUUCCUACCAGACUGUUCGCUUGUUGGUCAAGACCAUUCAGAAACUUCUCCAAUUGGUGCUUUAUCUAACCAGUGGUCAAAAAGAGCUGAAACACAAUUCAAAGCAGAAGGAGGAAUGCAACUAUACCCAAUUCAUAAUUACCAUUUUGAAGGGGGCAGUGACUGCAUUUUUACCAUCUUUAUUUAAUUUCAUCUAUGUAGAAUGCCAUAACUCACAGGUUGAUGACGGUGAAUGGGAGCUGUAUCCACAAGUAACUGCUCUAUGCAUUGGAAAUGCUAAAUACUUUGGCGGUGGUAUGAAAAUUGUGCCAAAUGCCGAUCCUUCCAACAGGAGUCUAGAGGUAGUAAUUCUUCAGGAUUUCAAGUGGUAUGACUUUAUUCUGAAUUUACACAAAAUAUACAAUGGGACAUAUUUGACGGUGAAAAACGUAACAUCAAGAAGCGUUCGUUCGAUCGAAGUGGAAGAAGUUUCUUGCAGCGGCAGCAUAUAUGUUCAAUCUGAUGGGAACACUUGGGGUUUCUUCCAAGGAAAUUCCAUAUUCUACCAGCUGCCAUUGAAAUGAUAUGCUGAACAUGAGCUCCCUUUUGCAGAGAGAGAAAAACAAUAAGCAAAAGCUUCGUAGCCGUAGGAUCCUUUUUUUCUAACGUGGACUCCUCUCUCAAAUUAGAGUAGACAAAGUAAGUUGUUAUUUUACUUUUUUUUUGUAUCGAAACCUUCUUUAUACAAAAGCUUCAUACUUUCA